AUCUUGUUCACUAGCCACAAUCAAACAACAUCUGCCAUUGCUACCAUGCAAUGCAGCACCAUGGGCAGACCAUAUGACGAAGAAUAACCUAAGCCAGUGUCUUGCAUGGCUCUUACAGCACCCACACUCUUUUGGAUCUUUGGAGCACGUCUGUGUCAUCAAUGCAACGGUUAGCGGUCAGGACGAUGUGCCCGAGUCAACAAACGAGGACAUGGCAAGACUGCAACUCGCCCCACAAAUCGCACCACGACCAAGGUUGCACGUUCAACCAACUCAUACCAAUGCCCUGCCUACCCCCGAUCCUUCGCGAGCGUCCGUCGACUACAUCCCUACCCCACGUCGAACGAAGCAGAAACCCGAGACAUCGUCUCUCCCUCGAAGAUCUCCUCGUCCGAGUACGCCGAUGACAACGUUUGACGAUAUCAAGUUUGAAGACUCGACAGGCGUGGUCGAUAUCGACGAAAUUGAUCUUACAGGUGAAGACGUGACUACCUCUUCCUUCUCAGAAUUUGGUCCUCCUACGAAAUUAUGGAGGGAAAGCUCCGCCUCUCGUAUUGAGCCACUCCCGAAGAAAAGAGGAAAGAAGAGGAAAAGUGACGAAUAUCAAUCGGACCUGCUGUCUCCCGCUUCUGCUCGGAGCACUACAAAGCGUGUGGAGAGGAUCACAACUCGCUUGCCAUGUGGAGGAAGCCGACACAAAAUAGCGGAGGAGAGCGAUGUUGAAGAGGACAAGCACCUGACACAGAAGACCACUCGGCCGACACAGAAAAAUGUCUUCAAGGAAGAAGAGUUCCCAGACGUGGGUGUGGAUGACGAUACGAAUCUCCUCGACGCUUUAGAAUCUGCAUUGGAGACUGCAACUGCUCAACCGCCUUCCCAGCAAGCCCGCAGUCAGAAGUCGCGAAGCCUCGUGCCAGAUUCUGACGAUGACGAGGAGGUCGGGGCAACUGGUCCAGACGUUCUCCGAGGAUCGCCUCCAGGAUCGCAACCCAACGCCAGCCAAAGUGGACGUGCCCAGGUUGGCCUCGAAGAGCCUCUCAAGAGCAGUGGGGCAAGCCAUGACCGGAAUGGUGUUCCAAGUCAUGACCAGACGCGGAUUCUGAGAAGCUUCAUUGAGACCGGAGCCGACCUAUGCGCAGGCCUAUUGGAACGUCUACAAAGAUCCAAGAAAGCCGUGAAGAUCGCAUUGCUUGAUGACAUGUGUUCCGAAAAUCCUGCAGCCAGCACAAACAUGGCUACCUUAAAGGACAUCGAGAGCAAGAUCGCCGCAACAACACAGCUCUUACAGGAACAUGAGGCUUUGACGAAACUGCAUGACCAACAGACCAAGAUGCUGGAGCGCCGGGAUGAGCUAGCAGAAGAAGGCCAUGAUAUCGACCCAACCGAUCCCACGAAUGCACUUACACGCAUCUGCUCAGACAUUCGACGAAUCAAAGUCGAUAUUGACGGUCGGCAAAUGUCAGUACUGAAACUGCUGGAACGAGCUGGUGUUACUAUGACAAGUGGGCCACCUGGCACGCCCCGUACAGCCCAGAGUCGUCCUCAACCCCCCUCGACAAGCAUCUCCACGAAGAAUGUCCUUGUCGCCUCCACGCAAAAAGGGUCGUACCAAGCCUCACCAGUCCGGAACCUGAACCACACCAGAGACCUGGGUCUUCCCGCCACACAGUCCGUCAGACAGACACCGAUAUCACAACGCGUCAAGGCUGACCACAGAGAGCCCCAUUCCACGCAUCAAGAACGCUUCCGACCAGAAUCCUCCACCUACGGUGCAACAAGGACAGCAGCUAGACCAGCCCCACUAUUAUCACCACCAGCAGCUCACAUGGCUGACGAGUUCCCUUCAUAUGAAGAAGAUGAGGACGAUGUCAGAGGCUUCUCUCGGACAAUGGGAAGUCCUGCUCGCGACUUCUCAUUCAAUGAUGAUGAGUUUGAGGACGAUCUGGAUGACGAGGAAAUGUACAAAGCGGUGGAAGAGUUCGAGCAAACCUUACCGCUCAACGAGCCUGCAUCACCCAAUCUCCGCGAACGCCCUGCCCUGGGUGAGCUGAGCGAGAAUAUCCGCAGACAAUCACCGUCAAAGCCUGCUCCCAAAAGCGACACCACCACGCACGCAAGCCUUAUGCAAUAUCCUUGGUCUAAGGAUGUGGCUUCGGCGUUGAAAAAGAGAUUUCAUCUACACGGAUUUCGCCACAAUCAGCUGGAAGCCAUCAAUGCGACUUUGAGCGGUAGAGACGCCUUCGUACUUAUGCCAACCGGUGGUGGAAAAUCUCUUUGCUAUCAACUCCCGUCGGUCGUUCAAAGUGGUCGUACACGAGGGGUUACCAUUGUGGUCUCUCCAUUACUCAGUCUGAUGCAAGAUCAGGUAGAUCACCUGAAAAAGCUCAAGAUCCAGGCAUCUCUCAUUAACGGAGACAUCAGUCAGGAGCAGAGAAGCUACAUCCUCAGCGCUCUGAAAGGACCGCAUCCUGAAGCCUUCGUACAACUUCUGUAUGUCACUCCGGAAAUGCUGAACAAAAGUCAGGUUAUGGUAAGGACUUUUCAAGAUCUACAUCGACGAGGACGACUCGCACGACUAGUCAUCGAUGAGGCCCAUUGUGUCAGUCAAUGGGGCCAUGACUUUCGGCCAGACUAUAAAGCUCUUGGUGAAAUUCGCAAACAGUUCAGCGAUGUGCCCUUGAUGGCAUUGACCGCAACAGCGACUGAAAAUGUCAAAUUCGACGUCAUGCACAAUCUGGGGAUGGACAACGCUCAAGUUUUCACGCAAAGCUUCAAUAGGCCAAAUUUGACAUAUGAUGUAAGACUCAAAGCCAAAGGCCAAAAUUUGAUGGACAGCAUUGCAGAGACGAUUGAGUCACGCUACAAAGGACAAGCCGGCAUCGUCUACUGUCUGUCAAGAAACAAUUGCGAAAAGGUUGCGCAACAGCUGAGAGAAGACUAUAACAUCAAUUCACAGCACUACCACGCAGGCAUGCCUUCUGAGGAGAGAAUCUAUAUCCAAAAGCAAUGGCAGGCAGGAGUUUUCCACGUGAUUGUGGCUACCAUAGCCUUUGGCAUGGGGAUCGACAAACCAGACGUUCGCUUCGUUAUCCACCAUUCGAUUCCAAAAAGCUUGGAGGGUUACUAUCAGGAGACAGGGCGAGCAGGUCGAGACGGUAAAAGAUCAGGAUGUUAUUUGUACUAUGGUUAUGCCGACACCCUGUCUCUGAAGCGAAUGAUCGAGGCAGGCGACGGCAGCUGGGAGCAGAAGGAAAGACAGAAGCAGCUGCUGAGGAACGUGGUCCAAUUUUGUGAAAAUCGCAGUGAUUGUCGCAGAGCCCAGGUGCUCGAAUACUUCAACGAACAUUUCGAUCCGGAAGAUUGCAAAAAUGGGUGCGACAACUGCAACUCGACUAGUUCUUUCGAAGAACAGGACUUCUCUCAACAUGCCCGAAAUGCAAUUCGGCUUGUACGGAAGGUACAUCGUGACCAGGUUACACUUUUGCACUGCAUUGACGUCUACCGGGGUGCAAAGUCGAAGAAAAUCGGCGACCUUGGACACGAUGACCUCGACGAGCAUGGAAUGGGUAGCGACCUGGGCAGGUCAGAUGUUGAACGCCUCUUCUACCGGCUUGUUUCAGAGGAUGCCCUUGCGCAAUACAACGUAACCAAUAAGUCCGGAUUCGCCACACAAUACGCCAAUCUUGGACCAAAUGCUCAGGUAUUUGAGGAUGGACGCAGACCACUGAAGCUUCAAGUACUCUCGUCUCCACGUAACAAGACAAAAGGCAAGGCUGUCAAACCGCAAGUUCGAAAGAAGGUCAAAGCCAACACAGGGGUGGCUGCGGCAACAGACUACUAUCCAGCAUCCACCAACGUCUCGUCUCCGAUGCAGCCCCUGUCACGGCGCCGACUCAUGCAACAAAGCCCAACAUCUUCUGACGACGACUUUGUCGUUCAAUCGAGUGAGGAAGAAGAUGUAGUUUCUGGCACUCGCAGGAAGAACAAGGAUAAAUUCGGUCCACCUAUCAUCACUGAUGAGAAUCUCGGCACGCUGAAUGAAACACACCAGCAUAUACUCAGCGAUUUCGUCGAGCGAGCCAGAAAGGAGAUUGAUGCCAUCAUGAUCCGCAAGUCUCUCAGACAGAGACCGAUCACUGAUCGAGUAUUACGUGAAAUCGCCAUCAAAUUUCCAACGAGCGACAAGGAGCUCAAGCAGCUCAUGCGCCUGAACCCUGACAUGUACAAGAUCUUCGGACCCACGAUGCUCAGGCUGAUCACUACUGCCCAUAACGACUACGAAGCUAUAAUGCGAGCACAAGAAGAUCGACCCGAUGAUCCGAAUCAUGCAACCGUGGUAGAAAUCAGCGACGACGAGUUUGGAGGUGUCGACGAUGUUGCCGAGAGUGACUUCGAUCCUGAGGAGACGGAGAGUAGUCACUACUUCGGUGUAGCUGACGAAGUUAGUCGCUUCAAUGAACGCAUGUCACAGAUACAAACGUCCAUGCCAAAGCCUCCGAAAGCCCCAUCCGAGAAACCGGAGUCACAACGAAGAUCGCUCCCAUGGAAGAGUCGCGGAUCGCGUGGGUCUAAACGUGGUGGUGGUGGUGGUGGUUCGAGGCCGAGGACGAAGGGAACAGCGGGCGUCACAAAGAAGAAGCGUGCUGGAUCUAGUGCUCGUUCAAGCACUAGUAAUCCAUUCGCCGCGAGGAAUAGCAGAGGUGGGCGGGGAGGUGGAGGUGGUGGCGGCAUUGGCAUGAUGCCAACAUGAAAGGCGUAUGGAGAUGUCACAGCGGUCGACAUCGAUACAACGGGCUCGAGAGCUUCUUAUGGACAUGGUUGGUACCUUCAUGCCAACGUGGAGAAAAGUUGUAGAUGCUACGACGGACGACAUGGUCACAACGAUGGCGAGAACUCUUACUAUCACGGUCGGUACCUUCUCCAUUGCAUUUCCGUUGACAUGGCAUUCCGAGGCUUUUCUUGUCGCUUUAAUGAUUUUGGCGUUCGAACUUUGGUGCUG